AUGUCCACGCCGGGGGGGGAGAUGUGGGGCUACAUGGCCUUUUUUCUUCUUCGACGUCUGCCCUUCUUCCGCGCCAUCCGGGACAGCCUGGGCGAUCGGUUUCCCCUCGAGGAGGGCGAGGUCUACGUGUGCGGCCACUCCGCGGGCGGGAGCAUGUCCAUCUUCCUUCAGAACCGCUUGCCGGGCGUCUUCCGCGGCGCCGCGGCCGUGGAGGCGGGCAUCGGCGGCGAGGAGUGGUGGGACGAGGAGAGCCCCGGCAGGCCCACGAUGCUGGUGUGGAACCACAACGACCCCGUGCUCCGCGAGUACGGCGGGGAGUCGCUGCUGAACCGGACGCUGAGCAAGCUUUCGCGCCAUGCAACCUCUGCAGACCAGCGGCCGUCCUUCUCGAUGCCGGUGGCCACGUCCAACGCCUCGGUCGUCAGGCGCGCCGAGCAGCUGCUCUACGGGGGAUCGACCCACGCCCCGCCGCUCGCCGUGGUCUCCUGGGAGACGGCGCUGCCCACCCACCUCUGGUCGAGCCCGGUCAGCGUACCGGGCUCGUUCGACGCGUCUGCGCUCGUCUGGGAUUUCUUCCAGAGCACGCGGGUCUUCGAGGGGAGGUCGCUGUAG